AUGAUCUCUAAUUUCAAUGCUUCAAAGUAUAAAAUUGUUCAACUGUUGAUUAUAUGUCUUAGUCAUUUAAUUUUGAAGAAGGAGUUUGUUCAUCAUGAAGACGUUCCUUUAUCUGCUUUGGUAUUGGCUUACUCCAUGGCUACUUACAAUAAAUCAUUGCAUGUGAUGAGUUUUGAUAUCGAAGGUCAAAAGAUGGCAAUUUCAAAAGGGAACUUUUACAAAUUUUUAGGUUUUAUUGUUGGUGAAGCAUACUCAAAUCCUAAAUUAGUUUCGUCGGCUAAUAUGCUCCGGGAUGAAGAAGAGGGAAAUAAUUCAUAUGAAGUCUUUGUUGAACCUGUUCUAGCCUCAAACCUCAUUGUGCGUGUUACUACUCCGAAUAUGGAUGAUGCUUUGAAUAAGGUCAAGGAUCUUAAAACUUUGAUUAUUUCUGAUAACACAACUCACAAUCAAAAGUUCAUUGAUGUGGUUAAUAAUUUUGUUACAAAUUAUGAUACUGAAUCCAAACUAGAUGAUAUCAUUGUGAGCAAGGAUGCAAAGUUUACUUCGCUUAAGAAGGAGUUGAUGAUAGUACAGAACGAACUUGUUAAGAAAGAUUAUGAACAGCUACUUGUCAAGGGCAGAAAUUUUGAAAUUAAUCAAAGGAUUUUCAAGAUAACUGAGCAGAAGGAUUCUCCUUAUGUUGAUUAUAUUUUAAAGCUUUUAGGUGCGAAGCUUCAACCCUUAUACUCCAAAUUAUCAGUUACUAAAGGUGUUCCGAGUAGUGGUGCUACUUCGCAAUAG